CAUUGCUUCCUGUACAAACGACUUUUAAUGCACACCGGCAAAAUUUUCCGACGUUUUUGCUUCGUUUUGGGGAAUUAUUUCGAAGUUUUGAGGGCCGCCCAUAUUGCGGCUUAAGUUGUAACAAGAGAAGACGCCCAUUGUCACACCAAAAGAGGAGACAAAACUAAACUUAGACACUGUAUGCUGCAAGCAAUUUUGCAAACAGCCGGGUACUGGUGCGUGUGGACUUGAUCUUGAAGAGUUGAAGUUGCUAUUUGGUCUGGAUCUGGAGACACAGAACUCAGAAGAAAGCAGAAAGUCAACGGCGCGGCCCCGAUGCAAGAAGUUAAACAAGUCUGAUCUGAAGUCAAAAGUCAACACCAUGAUGAAAGGUAAUAUAGUUUGCAUGUUGGUGGUUCUGCUGUCUCUGUGGUAUACUGCUGAAGGGGCUCAGAAAUCGGAUUUGAUCACCUUCCUACCAGGUCUAGCCAAACAACCCAGCUUUAAUCAAUAUUCAGGAUACCUCAAUGGCACUGCUAAUCACAGGCUACACUACUGGUACGUAGAGUCUGAAGCUGAUCCUACCAAGAAUCCUCUCAUUGUUUGGUUAGGUGAUGGCCCAGGUUGUAGCGCCCUCUAUAGCAUAUUAUCAGGCAAUGGCCCGUACCUCAUCAAAGAGAAUGGAUAUGACCUUGAAUACAAUGACAAUAGCUGGAAUAAGUUUGCAAGUGUCUUAUACAUAGAAUCACCUUCAGGCGUAGGAUUCUCAUAUUCUACAGAUGGACAAACUCAGUCAGAUGAUAACCAGGUAACCAGUGAUCAUGUAGCUGCUUUGCAGCACUUCUUAUCAGAGUUUACUGAAGUACUGAGUCUUCCCAUGUACAUCACGGGAGAAGGGUAUGGAGGUGUGUACGCUGCUCUCUUGGCUCUCAAGAUACAACAGACGACUAACAUUACUACCCUACAGGGCUUUGCUGUUGGUAAUGGCAUGACCAGUGAAGAGCAGUUAGCUAACUCUCUCAUCUACUUCACAUAUUACAGAGGGAUCAUCGGAGACCAAUUGUGGGAUACCUUACAACUUACCUGUUGCUCUGGUGGAAAGUGUAAUUUCUACAAUUCACAAGUGGCAGCCUGCAAUGAUGCUGUCAACAAAGCACUGAUGAAUAUUGACACGAUUGGCCUGAAUCCUUACAAUAUUCUUGCGGACUGCAUUGGAGAAACCUCCCCACCCGGGGGCGCCCUUCAGAAAGACGGCUACGUUCACUAUGGAAGCAGUUCAUCUGAUAUCUUUAGAUACAGUGAAUAUGCUCAGACAAGGCAAAUGUUCCUUCAUAAGAGACCAAGUCAUAAAUUGAGGCUGGAUAUACAAUGUGUUAAUACAAGUCUAGUGACCGGAUACUUGGAAAAUCCCUAUGUAAGGGAAGCCCUUCAUAUUAAUGAGAGCAGACCGGCCUGGCAAGUCUGCAAUGCUGAAGUUGCCCAGAACUAUAGCAAGCUAUACCCAGAUAUGACAUCUACCUAUCAAGCACUCCAACAGACCUAUAAAUAUCGGAUCCUGGUAUACAAUGGUGAUUUAGAUGCAGUGUGUAACUGUAUUGGAGAUGAAUGGUUUGUGGAUGCGUUGGGUUUAGAAGAAGAGGUUCAGUGGAGAACAUGGCUCUAUGAUGAUGGCUCUCUUCAGAUUGCAGGAUUCGUCAAGGAAUAUGACAAUGUUGCCUUCGCUACAGUCAAGGGAGCAGGUCACAUGGCAGCAGCUGAUAAACCAAUCGCAACUUCUCAACUUAUUAGUAACUUUGUGAAUAGAAGACCAUUCUAAGUAAUUUGACUCGAGUUUAUAAAACUCUACUUGUCUAUGUAUUUCUAUCUAUAAUCUCACAUUUAAAUAUCCAUUCAGUACCUAAUAUGAUGAUUAUUUCUUUUGUUGUCUUAGACUGCCUAUUCUUUAAUUCAUGGAUUGAGAUUUUAAAAGAACAGGCCUUUUCUUUAAAAAUUAGGUUCCUAUUAUACCAAUUAUCAUUUUUAUGUUUGGUUAUGCAUUGCAUAAUUUGUCAUGAAAAUGUAUUUGAAACAUCAGAAUUUCUAUUUCCUUAUAAUAUGGAUUCGAUUUAGUCAGGAAUAUCUUUUGACUUUUUACUCAGUUCAUUAGAGUGAAAAUGCAGCAUCAUAAUUUGUAUAUAUGAGAGAUGAGCUACAUUGUUAAAAGGACUUUGAGUGGGAAAAAAAGUACAAUUAGCCGUUAUGAAUUUGAAAAUUAAUCAAUGCCAUGGAUCAGUAACCAACCUCUGGGGAUUUUUCAUGAACAGUUUUCUCCGUGAACUUCCAGGACAGUUGUUACAAACUACUAAAAAUCCUUGCAUCUGAUUGGCCGAGUGAAAAGCACUGACAAAACUUUUCAUGAAAAGCUCCCCUGUUCUGUCCAAACUAUGAACCACCAAAAUAUAUUAUCAAUGUUGUUACUCUAAUAUUCACUAAUUGAGCAAAUAAAUACAUUUUUGAAAAUCAGGUUUGAUGGUGAAGAGUAGGAAUGAUGUAUUUAGUGCCUUGCUGUGGCCAUGUAAUUACAGGGCAGAUUUUUAUGAUUCAUUGACCUUAAUUACAAUGUAAAUAUAAAUCAAACACAAGUAUGUGUUCACAUGAGUAUUAAUAAAAUAUUGUAUUCUAGGUUAUUUAGUGCCAUGUAGUGCGAUAGUUGCUGCGAAUGGAAAUGCUGUAUGUGUAUCCUUCAAAAGUCAGUGUUUCAUAAUUUGAUUGGUUUAAAAAAAAUAAACUUCAAAACCCACCUUCAAGAUUGCAUACAAAAUAUUUAAUAUGCAUGGAGAUAAUUCAUGGCAAGCUUCUGUGAAGUCUGAAGGAAUCUUUGAGACCAAAUAUGAGACACAGGCCUACAUGUAUAUGAUACCAUGUGGCCUUUCCUAAAAUAAUGUCAUUUUUUUAGAUUUAAGAAAUUGUGGCAUCUGUUUUGAAAAGAAAAAAAAAAAAUAUUUUUUAUUGGAAUUACACUGCAUAAUCAAGAUUGCAUUGAUUUUGGUUGUUAUGUGGUUUGUAAUGCAAAUGUGUGAAUUUCAUUGGAAGGGAAUAAAAAAAAAAGCAGAAGUAAGUACAUGCAUAAUAAUAAAAUUGAUAAGGAAAAAAUACAAUUGGAAAAUGUGAAAUGUCAUAAUAUUCAUGGAAACUUGUCAAGAAUAUAAACCUUAAUGAAGUUAUGUCUGAAUGAAAUAAUGUCGAUUUUUUUUUUUGGGUAGAAUUAGUUGUUGCAGAUGUAAAUGUAUGAAACAGUCAGGUUUUUAAUAGCCUGGAUCAGAAGGAUUCAAUAUUGAUACUUGUGAUUAAAUCAUGCACAGAUUCCUGUGUUUAUCCAGUCUUCA